AUGAAGUGGCCUUUGCUGAGUUGUUAUUGGGCAAGGGCUUCAAGUGUGGCCAAGAACCAGAGGCUGGAGCAGCUCUUCGGCGAGGCGCGGCUGAGGUCCCAGACCUUCUCCGGUGCAAAUGCCUUCGCCUCCACUUCCUCCUUGCCUCGGCUGCUUCAGACGCCUCAAGCGCAGAGGCUCGAACGGGACAUCGCUGACUUCACCCUGGCGCCGCAGGGCGCCUCCAGCGCUUUGCAGGCGCGGGCAGACGCGGAGCAGCCGUCCCUGGGCCUUGAGGAGUUCUUCGGCCUGCGUCACGAGCGUAUCAUUGUGGAGACCGUGGAGGAGAGCUACCGGGACUGCCUGCGGAGCUGCGAGCGCCAAUCCUUCGACCGGCUUCAAGCCGACUGGGAAGAGGCCAAAUCCCAGUUCUUGGGAAACCUGCAGCGGCUAGGACAGGGUUCGUCGGUCCUUGCUCUGUGCAACGAUGGCACAACCUCGAGCCCAGCGGCUGUUCCACCGACGCAGGACUCCCCCAUCAUCGAGGCCCUCCUGAGCGAAGCCAUCAGCCCACAGCUGGUGCAGAAGAUUGCGCAGCUCAGCAGCAGCAGCUGCCCAGCCUACCAGGCCGAAAUCACGGAGUGCUGGAGCAUCGUUGCCCAAGAGUUGAAGAUCACCUUGGGAGGUAUCACUGCCGGUGCCCUCACGUACCUCCAGAACCGCUUCUUCGACGAGGUGAAGAGUUUCGUGUACAACCAGGCGGAUUCGCGUUUGGGCGGCGUCCCCGAUGCCUGGUCUCUGGUCAGGGCCUACGGCCGACUGAAGUUCCAGACCUCCAACUUCCCCAGCGCCGCCGUGCACGUCUGGUACGCCGCUUACGUGGCCGCCCGUGCGGGCCUCGUCUCCUUGCUGCUGGAGCUGCCGGGCCGAGCCGCACCCACCUCUGACCGCUGCCCGAUGCUUGGGGCCGUUUGCUCGCUGAUGGCCCGCCGGCUCCAUGCUGUGUCGCCGCAGGGUGUGGAGCUGGCCGGGUGCCCGGAGGCGGACUCGGCAGACCUGCUGAGGGCCGAUGUGGAGCAGGAGAGUUCCUUCUUCCACGAUGUGCUGGUGUCGCUGCUGCUGGGCCGCAGCUUUGCAUUCAGCCGGCUGCCGGAGGGAACGGUGGAGGACUGGCUUUGGUACCGAUUGCACCUGGUCCACCUCCUUGGAAAGGACGAUCAGUCGCCGGAGUUCAAGCAGCAGCUCGAGGCCUUGCGGGGCCAGGCAGCCUCGCUGCCGGCGUCGCACUUCGACGGCGGAGCCUCCUCGGGCGGCACAGGCGAAGUGCCAGGUGUAAGCGCAGCCAUGACCUCGAUGCAGACGCUCAACUCGGUGAAGGCCUUGCUGCUCACUGGCCAGUUUGGCCGCGCUGUGCAGCAGCUGCAGGACCGCGCUCUGCGGCCCGUCGCCCUGCACAUGGCGCUGGUCCUACAGCGGGCCGGCACGCUGGAGGCGGUCGCCGGGCUCGAGACGCCGCUCAAUGUCUCGGCUUUCCUAUGCGACUACGCCUCCAGCUUCCGCUGUGCGGAGCAGCUGCGAUACUUCCGGGCGCUGGACGUCAAAGAGAGGGUGCAAGCGCUACAGCGGUUGCUCUUAUCUGGUGGGGCCGUGGAUGAGCUGCUGGGCUACAUCGACCCCAAUGGACGGCACAGGCCGGGCUUGCUGGAGAGGACGCUGCAAGAGGAUGGCAUGGGCGACCAGGCAGAGUUCGUGGAGCUAUGCUCUCGUGUGGGCCGGCAGGCCCGCGAUCAAGGGCAGUACCGCGAAGCCAUUCGCCUGCUGCACUUGGGAAGGUGCUACAGCGAAGUGCUUCAGGUGCUUUGCCGGUGUCUGCGGCUGCCGAUAUGGCGUGAGGAGGCUAUCGCAUCCGGCACGGCUGCGCAGGGCGAGGCAAUGAGUCUGGCGCAGGACAUCCAGCGUUUUUUCGACAUCUAUGAGCGGAACCUGGAUCGCUACGCAUUAUCCUCCCAGGUCUGGACGGUGGCACGAAAGCUCUACGCCACGCGCAUGUUCCACAGCCUUUGCGAUCGAGGACAGCCCGAGGCGGCUCUGGACGUUUUCGAUCGCGAGCAGCUCCUGGGCGAUGUGGACGCGCCGGCAGAGGCGGAGCUGGCUAGCCCUUCACAUCCCAGGUUGGGUUGUAGGGUUUAG